AAGCGCGCAAGAGAGCGUUGAGUCGGCGCCAGAAGCUCUCCCUGACAUGGCUUCUUUCAACCCUUGGGACCCUGUGCAGCCCACGGCGGCCGGACUGAUGUUGGCUCGGUGCCUGUACUCUGGUGUGGUGUCCCAGGGGACUCUGGAUAUAUGUGGAAAACCAGCCUCUUGUUUUGUUCGUCUCUCAGAGGCAGAAGAAGUUGCAGACCUCCAUGCUGAAAUCAACCAGAUUAAUCUGGAGGCUGAAAUCCUGCAGAUGGAAAAAGAUACAGCAGACAUUAUUCAUCCAUUCUACCUGACUCAGAAAUGCCAAGCUCUGCAAGCAAUGAACAGACAUCUAGAAGCAGUGCUGAAAAAUAAAAGAUCUCUUAGGCAGAGGCUAGUGAAACCAUUGUAUCAAGAAAGUCUGCCUAUUGAAGCUGUCUUCCACAGGUAUGCAGUGGAAUUGUUGGCACUAGCAGUGCCUUUCAUCGAAAAAAUAGAAACCCAUCUAGCCACAGUAAGGAGCAUUCCUCAAAUACCCCUAACUUUGAAAAAACUGGACAGUGCACUAGCAAAGAUGGACUUGUUGGUAACAGAGACAGAAGAGCUGGCAGAACAAAUACUGGAGUGGAGAGAAAAACAAAAGGCAAUCUUUUUUGACAAUUCACAGCUGACUGUUGGAUCAGAUUCCUGGUUCAGAAGUAUACGAUAGCACACAUUUUUCCUUCUCCGUCACUGUUCCGAGGCUGUUUAGCUGUUUUGUAUGAUUGAUGGGACACACCUGUGUUUUUAUUCUUGCUCUCAAAUUUGCAACCACUUGUGUCUGUCUUCUGAAAUUCAUAUUUGUAUGUGGAACUAGUAUGUAGAAAUUGCUGAGGGCUCCCUUGUGCCCCUCUGAGGAAUGUUUUAAUGAAGCAGUUUCAUGACGCUGCCUUAACAUCAGUUUUAUGUACAUAUGUCUUGUAUUUAUAGAAAGAGAAUAAACUAAAUUUAAAAAGC